AUGGAACAGUUAGUUUCUUUACUUCAAAAAAAGUAACUUUAGAAAGAAGAGAGAUUAAAAUCUCUUAUUAAAAUUAUAGAUAGAAGAAUUGUUUAAAAAUUGUACAAUUUAAGAAACUAUGCCUUUUUUAAAAUCAAAAACUUCAAAAUAGCAAAUAGAAACAAUGUUAAAUUAAUAUCUGAAAAGGAUGAUGAAAAAGGUACAUUUUAAAUUAAUAUAUCAAAUACAAAUUAAUUUAGAGAAGCAUUAUAUUAAUUACAAAAUUAUAACCUUGUACAAUUGGAAAUAUUGAAAAAAGAAACUUUGUGUAGAAUGGUUUAUAUUUUAUAAAAAAGAGUCAAUCAUCAUUAUAGACAUUUAUUAAUUAAAGUUAUAAAUAAAAAAUCAAGAAACAUUAUUCCAUUUUUAAAAGUGUUCACUUACAGAUUUAAUUAUCAAUCAAGAUUUCUUAAAAUAUUACAAAAGUUUUAAAGAAAUAGAGAAAUUUAAUUAUAAAAAGAAAUGAAAAAAUAAGAAGCUAUUUCUAAAUUUGUUAUGUCUUUAGAAAAUAAAAAAUUACAUUGUUUUUGUUAAUGGAAAAAAAAAUUUCAAAUUAAUUAAAAUGAAUAAUCAUAUAUUGAUAGUAAAAGAUAAAAUGAGUUCAUAUAAUUAACAUUUUAAAUUGUUGCCUUUCUUACAAAAUAGAAAUUUAAGAUUCUUUCAAAUGCAUUUGUUGAUUUAAAAAAAAAUAAAUAAAGAAAUGCUUAAAAAAUUGUAAUUAUGUUUAAUUUAAAAAUCCUAUUUAGAAGGUUAAUAUUAAAAAACCUUUCGUUUGCCUUUUAUAAAAUAGUUUGUUAUAAUAGAAAUAAUUAGGGAUCAUAAUGUGCAAAUGUUGAUAUUAUAAAAAAUUUAGUAAUUACCAUUUAAUAUUUAGUCUGUUAUUUCAAGCAAAUUAAAUUAAGGUUUGAAUCAAGCUCAUAUGAAAUAUCAAAGAAAAAGAAGAAAUCUUAUUAUUUAUAAAUAUUUAUCAAAAAUUAAUAUGAAUGAAAAUUAAAUGAUAAGUAAAUAUUUAACAAAGUGGAAAAGAAUCUUAAACUAAUUUAAUUUUUAAAUGAGAAUUAAAAUUAUAUAACAAAGCAAAGAACUUGAAGAAGAUCAAUAAUUAUUAGUACAAUAAUACAAAUAAUUAUCUAUUGAAAAUUCUGAAUUACAAUAAAUGUAUUAAUAAGUAUAAACUUAUUUUCAUACUCCAACAGGAUUAUCAGUAAAAAAAUCAGAAACUAAAUAAAAUUAAUAAAUAAUAUAAGGAUAAUAAUAAUAAGCAUUUUAAUUACAAUCAUAAUAACAAGAAGCAUUCUGGGACGAAGAUUUAAUGUAAAGUGAGGAUUAUUCACCAGAAUUUGUAGAAAAUAUAGAAAAUUAAAAUGUAGAAUUAAAAUAUAAGAUUGAAGAAUAAUAAGCAAAACGUAAUAUGUAUUUGGAAGAAUUUUAAAGUAGAAAAUAAGUAAUAAUUCAAACUUAUAAAAUAGGAACUAUUACAAUAGAUUGCUCUAAAGAAAUAAAUUUAAAAAGUUUAAUGA